CCCACUUCCCGCCAAAUCAAAAUCCUUCAGCUUCCUCCCAAAACCCUAACUGCCUCUUUCCUUCUCCUCCCUAAAACCUCCCACCGCCACCUCCGCCACAAAGCCCUGACGCUUGCCCUCCCCUGAGCGCAGCAAUGGACCCCAAGGCCGUGAAGUCAGACCUCGUCCUGAUCCUCGACUACGGCUCUCAGUACACGCACCUCAUCACUCGUCGGAUCAGAAGCCUCUCGGUCUUCUCCCUCUGCAUUAACGGAACUUCGCCUCUCAAGGCCAUCACCGAGCUCAACCCUCGCGUGGUCAUUCUCUCCGGCGGGCCCCACUCUGUCCAUAUCCCCGAUUCCCCGAGCUUCCCUGAUGGGUUCACGGAGUGGGCCGAGUCGAACGGGGUCUUCGUGCUGGGGAUUUGCUAUGGGCUUCAGCUGAUUGUGCAGAAGCUGGGGGGAGAGGUCAGGGUUGGGGAGAAGCAGGAAUACGGGAGGAUGGAGAUUGAGGUGGGGAACAAUUCGGGGAUUUUCGGGAAUAGGAGCGUUGGGGAUAAGCAGGUUGUCUGGAUGAGCCACGGGGAUGAGGUGGCGAGAUUGCCUGAAGGAUUCGAGAUCGUGGGGAAGAGCCAGCAAGGAACGGUGGCAGCCGUUCAGGGUCGGGACAGGCGGUUCUAUGGGCUCCAGUAUCACCCUGAGGUGACUCAUUCACCCGAAGGAAUGGAAACGCUGCGGUAUUUUCUAUUUGAUAUCUGCGGCAUCGCAGCAGGCUGGAAGAUGGAAGAUGUGAUGGAAGAAGAAAUCGAAGUGAUAAAAGGCACGGUGGGGCCUGAAGAUCAUGUCAUUUGUGCGUUAUCGGGUGGUGUUGAUUCCACUGUCGCUGCAACUCUUGUUCAUAAGGCAAUAGGAGACAGGCUACACUGUGUUUUUGUUGAUAAUGGCCUUCUAAGGUAUAAGGAGAGGGAGCGUGUAAUGGAGACCUUUGAAAGAGAUCUGCAUUUACCUGUUACUUGCGUCGAUGCUAUAGAGCAGUUCCUUAGCAAGCUCAAAGGUGUAGAAGAGCCUGAGAUGAAGAGGAAGAUCAUCGGGAAGGAAUUCAUUUGCAUCUUUGAUGCCUUCGCCCAUGAUUUGGAACAGAAACUAGGAAGGAAGCCUGCUUACUUGGUCCAAGGAACUUUAUACCCUGAUGUCAUUGAAUCUUGCCCACCUCCAGGAACUGGAAGAACGCAUUCCCACACAAUCAAGAGCCAUCAUAAUGUUGGUGGCCUCCCCAAGGACAUGAAAUUGAAGCUUAUUGAACCACUCAAGCUUCUCUUUAAGGAUGAGGUGCGUCAACUCGGGAAGAUCCUAAAUGUUCCUGAAGGUUUUCUUAAGCGUCACCCAUUCCCCGGUCCUGGCCUUGCAGUUCGAGUAUUAGGUGAUGUGACUAAGAAUAAUGCGUUGGACAUCCUGCGUGAGGUUGAUGAAAUUUUCAUCCAGUCAAUAAAGGAUGCAGGGCUCUAUGAUAGAAUUUGGCAAGCUUUUGCUGUGUUCUUGCCGGUAAGAUCCGUUGGAGUUCAGGGUGAUCAGAGGACGCACUCCCAUGUUGUUGCCCUUAGAGCCGUUACUAGUCAAGAUGGAAUGACCGCUGACUGGUAUUAUUUCGAGCACAAAUUUCUCGAUGAUGUGGCCCGAAAGAUUUGUAAUAGCGUUCGCGGGGUCAACAGGGUUGUGCAAGACAUCACUUCAAAGCCUCCAUCAACGAUCGAGUGGGAAUGAUACCAUCGUGUCUGCCCUUAGUGAAAGUAAGGACCUAUCCUAUUGCAAAUAGGCCGCAAUCUUAAAAGUCUCGAUCACUUGGGGCUUACUUCCAAAGGCGUUAAGUUUUGGGUAGAUGAUAAGAUGAUGUAAAAUUUAAGAUGUGAUUCUCAUAUCGCCUGAGUUUUGUCUUUUAGCAGUACUAAUAGAAGUGAAGAACCAUUAGCGUCUUACAGAUACUAUGCACAAGAGUCUCAUAAUUUGUUGCUGUAGAUUCCUAUUGGAUUUCUUGCGGCUCUGAAGUGCUUGAUUUCACCUCCAAUUGGUUAAGAUGCAUACUUUUUGGUUCGUAAUAGAAAAUUCUGAUAAUCUUGCUGA